AUGAACUUUUUUGGAUAUAACCAUAACAAUAAAAGUGGCGAAGAUCAUGACAAUGAAAAUAGCAAUACUGUCAACAACCAACAACAACAAUUUAUUGGCUUUUAUCCUGGUUUUACUUCUACUACAGCCACGCCAACAAUUGCCCUAAGUAACAGUUCUUAUGCUAUGGGAACUACAGGUUUAAAUAACGAUUUGCAUAAUAAUGGGAAUGUUACUCUUCCUUUAAUAGAUGCUACUACUACACAAACAAAUGAAAAUGCUGAGCAACCAAACUUUAAUUUAGCGGGUCUCAAUUCAGGUAAUCAAAAUAUGGGCAUUCGUGGUGAGUUUGAUAAUGCUCAGGCGUAUAUGAAUCAGCUUGUUGAAAGUGCAGGUACUACUGGUACUACGGCCAACUUUAGUAACAAUAAUUCUCAGCAAAACCCGGUAGCUACUGCUCGGAAUGAUAUUGCUAAUAGCAAACAAGCUAUGCCAAGGGGUAAACUUAAGAUUAAUAUUCUAAAAGGUAGAAACAUUGUUGUUAGGGCACAGUCUCAACCUUAUGUUGUUUGUACAUUUGAGAGUUCUGAGUUUAUCUCUAAUGGUCCUGAGUCUUUAAAUCCUACUCCAUUGAAUAACUUUGCUAAUAGUCAUGGUAGUAAUAACCAAUAUGGAAGAACUAAAAAGUUGAAUAAGAGAUCGAUUUAUACUAAACAAUCUUCCUCUCAAUUGAACGAUUUGAUAAAUUAUAACAAAGAUGAUGAUCCUAACGCUAGCAGUUAUGCCAAUCCAAUUUGGCAUCAUGAGACUAUAUUUGACGUUGUUGGUUCUCAUUCUGAAUUAGAUAUUUCUAUCUAUGAUUCUCUGCAUGAUGAUAUGUUUUUGGGCCAAGUUAGGCUAUAUCCUAAAGUACAAUCGCAAAAACAUGCCGUUUACGAGAGUUGGUAUCCACUAACAACCACAACAAAGAGUAAUAGCACCACAAAUCAAUAUACUCCUAAACAAGUCAGUGGCGAGAUUAAGAUUAGAUGUGAGUAUUUUUCUACAAAUAAAUCACAUUAUGGUCCACAGGAUUUUGAAAUUUUAAAACUAUUGGGCAAGGGGACAUUUGGCCAAGUAUACCAAGUUCGCAAAAAGGAUACCAAAAGAAUAUAUGCCAUGAAAGUUUUGUCCAAAAAAGUUAUUGUAAAGAAAAACGAGAUAGCACACACACUUGGGGAGAGAAAUAUUUUAGUGAGGACAGCUUCCAAGUCGUGUCCGUUUAUUAUUGGUUUAAAAUUUUCCUUUCAGACACCGUCAGAUUUAUACUUGGUUAUUGAUUUCAUGAGCGGGGGUGAAUUGUUUUGGCACUUACAGAAAGAAGGUAGGUUUCCGGAAUACAGAGCCAAAUUCUAUAUUGCUGAGUUGGUUUUAGCUUUAGAAUACCUACAUGAUAAUGACAUUGUUUACAGAGAUCUAAAGCCUGAAAAUAUUUUAUUAGAUGCCAAUGGGAAUAUUGCCUUAUGUGAUUUUGGGUUGAGUAAAGCUGAUUUAAAAGACCGUACAAAUACCUUUUGUGGCACUACGGAGUACUUGGCGCCUGAAUUAUUGUUGGACGAAAGUGGGUACACCAAAAUGGUUGAUUUUUGGUCAUUGGGUGUGCUAAUUUUCGAGAUGUGUUGUGGCUGGUCUCCGUUUUUCGCUGAAAAUAAUCAGAAGAUGUACCAAAAAAUUGCGUUUGGUAAAGUUAAAUUUCCUAGGGAUGUUUUGUCACCGGAGGGUAGAUCUUUUGUUAAAGGGCUUUUGAACAGAAAUCCAAGACAUAGAUUGGGUGCUAUAGAUGAUGGCAGAGAGCUAAGGGCACAUCCCUUUUUCAAUGAUAUUGAUUGGGAACAACUAAAAAUGAAGAAAAUAACACCACCCUUUAAACCACAUUUAAGUUCUGAGUUGGACACGUGCAAUUUUGAUCCGCAAUUCACUCAAUCUUCUACAUCCUUUAUGAAGCAGCAACAGUUUACUGGUACUCACCUAAACAAUGGUGGAGAUGCUGCUAAUACUAAUAGUGCAGGCACUAACACUGCCACUGAUAAUAAUGUAGGUGGUACUAGUAACAAUAACAACGGACAUAAUAUGGAUGGUUCUGUCACUGCUGCUCAAAAUGUUAUUAAUACGCCAUUAUCUUCUACAAUGCAAGCACAAUUUGCCGGAUUUACCUUUGUGGAUGAAAGUGCAUUAGAUGAACAGUAUAACCACGCUUAUAGUAACCGUAAAUUUCUACAGAAUUCGUAUUUUAUGGAGCCUGGUUCUUUCAUACCUGGGAAUCCCAACUUGCCACCCGACGAGGAUGUAAUUGAAGAGGAUGAGGACGAAGUUGGUGUCAGAAAUAACGCGAGCGGUAAAAGUAGAAAUAACAAACUUUCUGGUGGUAAUGUGAACCAGGGUCAGAGCAGUAACAUCAACAAUGAUAAUGGCUCUACUGCUACUACGGUUGGUGCUAAUGCUAAUAACUCUACUAACAAUAAUAAUGGUAUUGGUGCUAAUAACAGUUCCAAUACUAACCCAGAUUCAACGAACAAUGGUAUAAAUGAGAAUGGCAAUAGUAGUCGUCCAGUUCGCGAUUUACUUUCUGAUACUCAUACUGAUUUUGAUGGAGAUGAACACAUGGAAGAUGAUGAUUUUGUUAAUGGCCGUUUUGAAAUAUAA